ACCACUUCUCUCGCUUUCGCUUUAUCACCUGUCGCCCCCGCCCCCGAGCCUGGUCGCCGCUUCACCCGCCGUCGCCGUCGUCGGUCGGGACGCCUCCGGGCGGCCGCGCCCUCGACGGAGGAAUGUCUUCUGUUGCUCCCGCCCUCGUCCACCACCGCGGGGUCUCAGGCAGAGCAAUCUUACCUUUGCAUCAUGGAGAAUGCAGAGUCCCUCCAGGUGCUUGUUUCAUGGGCACAUCACCUACGUUGGGGCCAAUGAGGGUAUCCUUGGUAUGUAAUGCAAGCCCCAACCACCAUAGGCCAAGGAAUUCGGAUAUAUCGCGACAACAAAAAGGGGGGUCCUCCAGAGGAAAAGGCAAGUCGUACCAGGAUAAAGAUGACUCUGAGAACAUUGAUGAAUUUGAUAGUGAUAUCAUGUUCUCCAAGAAUGGGCCACCAAUCUCUUUGGCAAGCAAUUCCCGUCCUCAAGCCACAUCGGCUCCUGGGGAAAGAGAGAAGGAGAUCGUGGAACUCUUUAAAAGGGUUCAAGCACAGCUGCGAGCUAGGGGGAAAAGCAGGGAAGACAAGAAGCCUGAACAUGCAAAAGUGCAGGGUGAAAGGGGCAGUGUUGAUUCACUUCUUCAGUUGCUCAGGAAACACUCUGUGGACCAGAGAAGAAAGAAUGGUGACGACAAAGAGCAGAAUUCCGAUGUAUUGAGGAGAGGCAACGAUUCUGGAAAUAGACAAGGUUCAACCGUCUUUGGCACAAAAAGUGACAUCCAGGAAGAGAAGAAGAAGCCACCUCCGGCACCCUUCAUAAGGCCAGCCUCAAAUUUCAGGCGAAGGUCUCCUGUUCCUGGAGUGAAGUUCCAGCCUGUUAUCAAUGCGGAUCUGGACACUGAUGACGAUCGCAAGUCCAUCGGCAGUAAUGCCGUGGAUGCUGUACAGAAAGCUAAGACAGCUCUUGAUGAGAGGACUGCUACAGAUGAGCCUGACUCCAUGUCUCCAUAUGAGGCGGAUUCUGUAAUAGAACCAGGAAACAUUUCUUUGAAUGACCUCGAUGACAUUUUACAUGACGAUGAAGAAUUCGAUGCGGAUGAACCAGACGACGAGUAUCCAGAACCUUCUUUGGGUAUCUCUGAUGUCACAGAUACGGAUGAGUCGCACGAGAACGACUCCACCCCCACGGGAAGUGCGGAUCUAAGCUCUCUGAAGGUUGCGGAGCUGAGAGAGCUCGCAAAGUCUCGAGGAAUCAAAGGGUACUCGAAGAAGAAGAAAAACGAGCUGGUUGAAGUGUUGAGCAGCAGCAUGGAUUGAUGAUAAAGUGGGUGACCUGGCGCUCUGUUUGAAGUUUGAACCCACUUUGCUUGGCCCCCUCUAGAAAAUUGUAAAUGAGCAAGGCUAACUCUGUUCCGGUCUGUGCUGAUCUUUUGCUGGUUCAUUUUGUACGCCUAGCUUGGUAGCCGUUUAGCUGAAUUCUGUGGUGAGUGGAGUAAGGUAGCUGAGAGCCUUAGCUGUUUGUGUACUAAAUCAAUGCACUGCAUCCGUUCUAGGGUGUUGCUCGUCUGUUU